UGCCCGUGCAUUUCCCACGCACCCUCUUUCCCCGGCCACCCCACCGUGAGUGUAUCUCACUGUUCUUCAGUACCUUUAAAAAAAAAGAAAAAAAAAAGAGACAAAAUAACAAAAAUCUCAAAAAAUAAUCACUUUAAAACAAACAACGUUUUUUAAAACGGCAAACUUUGUUUUUUUUAAAAGACAAGGUCUCGAUCCACCCAGACGUUUCUGAAGCCAGUUCCUCGCGACCGGACUCCAUAGAGCUGCCAUUGCAGCCGACAUCGUUUAUUUGGAGAGUAGCGUAAAAGUUUAAUAGAGGAUUAAGACUCAUUUGUUCCUCUGGUUCUAGGACACUCUUUACGCACUGUCAUUUCAGCACUAGACAAACACACGAGCUCAAAGACUUGAACGACCCCGAGACAUGAACGCAGCGACGGCGGGGAGUUAUCCGAUGGCUUCUCUCUAUGUGGGCGACCUGCACCCUGAUAUCACGGAGGCUAUGCUGUAUGAGAAAUUCAGUCCGGCCGGCCCGGUGCUGUCCAUCCGCGUGUGUCGGGAUAUGAUCACGCGGCGCUCGCUGGGCUAUGCCUACGUCAACUUCCAGCAGCCUGCGGACGCGGAGAGAGCUUUGGACACAAUGAACUUUGAUGUGGUCAAAGGAAAGCCGAUCAGAAUCAUGUGGUCACAAAGAGAUCCGUCACUUAGGAAGUCCGGGGUUGGAAACGUCUUCAUCAAAAAUCUGGACAAGUCCAUUGACAACAAGGCCCUAUACGACACCUUUUCUGCUUUCGGAAACAUCCUGUCCUGCAAGGUGGUGUGUGACGAGAACGGAUCUAAGGGUUACGCCUUUGUGCAUUUUGAAACUCAGGACGCAGCUGACCGCGCCAUCGAGAAGAUGAAUGGCAUGUUGCUGAACGACCGCAAGGUGUCAUCACAGGCCCAGAACAGAACAACAUACUAUGCACCAAACCAGCUCACCCAGAUGCGCCCAAACCCUCGCUGGCAGCAGCAGGGUGGCAGAGGUCAGGGUGGCUUCCAGGGCAUGCCCAGCUCCUUGCGCCAACCAGGGCCCCGUGCCAACAUACGCCACAUGGCUCCCAGUGCUUCCACCCAAAGCCCACGCGGGAUCCCCACAGGUGCACAGAGAGUGGGAGGCAGUAACCAACCAAUGGGUCCCCGCCCUGCCAUGGGGGUGAUGACCCCACGUGCCAUGCCCCCAUACAAGUAUGCCACUGCCGUACGAAACACUCAUCCUCAGGUCGUGCAGCCUAUUACUCUGCAACAGGCUCAGCCAGCUGUUCACGUGCAGGGUCAGGAGCCUCUCACUGCCUCCAUGUUAGCUGCCGCUCCUCCUCAGGAACAGAAACAGAUGCUUGGUGAGCGGUUGUUUCCUCUCAUCCAGGCAAUGCACCCCAGUCUAGCCGGGAAGAUCACAGGAAUGCUGCUUGAGAUCGACAACUCUGAGCUGCUGCACAUGCUGGAGUCCCAUGAGUCUCUGCGCUCCAAGGUGGAGGAGGCUGUCGCAGUGCUUCAGGCUCACCAGGCCAAGAAAGAUGCCACACAGAAAGUGGGAGUCACCGCUGUGACUGUAGCCGCAACAUCAUGACAAGGUGAAGCUGAAAGACUGAAGAGAGAUCACCACUGUCUCGUGUCGUCUGGUGGCAACCAAUAAGAACACAAAAAAUAAAACAUGGAAAAAAAAGAAAAAUACAAAAUGAUACUUGAACAUAAAGAAUACAAAUUUGUUGCAGGGCUUAUAUUUUUAACUCUGUAAUAAUUUUUAUCACCUAAAGUUAAAUUUAAAAAGAGGCAGUUCUGUGAAGGAAGAGCCUCUGUAUUGUGGCCAGGACUGACGUUUUCUAUGAGGAAGUGGGAAACUUGGUUCUUCUGUGAGCUGUGUGUUUGCUGCUUUGAUUGGACCUCACUUGUCCCAUGACAAUAACCCGAGUGGUGUGUCACUCUAAAUAAAGGGAUGACUAUUUAAAA